AUGAUGAAAAACAAAAUAAGACUCACGGCUCUCGAUAUUAUGGCGCUUGUGACAGAACUAAAGUAAAAGUUAAUAGGCACAAGACUUUCAAAUAUUUACAAUAUUGAUGCUAAGACAUAUGUUUUCAAAUUCUCUCUUCAGGAAUCAAAAUCUUAUUUGGUUAUAGAAAAUGGAUUGAGAUUUAAUCUUUCUGAUACUAUAGAGAAGAAUAAAGUGCCUUCAGGAUUUACUAUGAAAUUUAGAAAGUUUUUAAGGAGUCGAAGAUUAGAAAGCAUAGAAUAAAUAGGAGUCGAAAGAGUGGUUGUAUUUACCUUUGGGAGGGAAGAUCAUACUUACUAUUUGAUAUUGGAAUUGUACUCUUAAGGAAAUAUUAUACUUGCUGAUAAAGAUUAUAGAAUUAUCUAGUUGACAAGGCAACACGAAUUUUCAGAAAAUGCGAAGGUUGCUCCUAAUGAGAUUUAUCCCUUCGAGUAUACAGCAACAAAUUAUCUUGAGAAAUUCGAUACAUCUAUGGAAAGAAUUUAGAAAGUGGUAAGUGAGAAGGCAGGGUAAAAGCUUAAGGAAGUUGUAUUUAAACUGGUGCCUUGUUUACAUUAAUCAUUGACAGAUGAUAUAAUAUAAUAGCUGUAAAUGAAUCAGAAUGAAAAGAUUGUGAAUUAGUUUGAAAACGUAAAGAAAGUAGUGGAUUAUGCAAUGGAAUAUAUAAAUAAAUAUCGCGCUUAAACUUAAUAUAAAGGUUAUUUAUGCGCAAAAGAAGCACCUAAAGAUGCAGAAUAGAAACCAAAAUUCUUUGAUUUUGCUGCUGAUUAACCUGCUUAUUAUUAGGGAAAAUAUGUUAUUGAAACACCUACUUUUAAUGAAGCAGUACAUCAAUACUUUUUAGUGGUUGAUAGAUAGGAAGAUAAUAAAUAAUCGAUUGAAGAUAUAGCUUGGAAGAAAUUUGAAAAUAUUAAAUAGGAUCAGAUGAGUAGAAUUCAGAAAUUACAGUCAGAACAGGACGAAUAUAUCAUGAAGGCAGGUCUUAUUUAAGAAAAUAUUAAUGAUGUCUAAGCGAUUAUAGACAUCAUACAGAAGAUGAUAGAGAAUGGUAUUCCUUGGGAUAAAAUACAAAGGAUGAUCAAUGAUAGCAAAAAAGAAGGCAACCCACUUUCAAAUAUGAUAGGAGGAAUGAAUUUGAAAUAAAAUAAAGUGACAAUAUUGUUAGGUAAUAAGGAAGAUGAGUAUUCAGAUUUGAUUCAAAUAGAAAUUGAUAUAACUUAAUCAGCUCAUUAAAAUGCCAGAAAGUAUUAUGAAAGCAAGAAGAAAAAUAGAGACAAAGAGAUAAAAACAAAAGAGGCUGUAGAAUAGGCAUUGAAAUAGGCUGAGAAAACUGCUCUCAAGGAAAUCGAAAGAGAGAAAAAUAAGAUAUAGAAAGUGUAAAAUUAAAGAAAAAAGUAUUGGUUUGAGAAGUUCUUUUGGUUUAUUUCUUCUGAUGGAUAUUUAGUAAUAAGUGGUAAGGAUGUACAGUAGAAUGAAAUGAUAGUUAAGAGAUACAUGAAUAAAGAUGAUAUUUAUAUGCAUGCUGAUAUUUAUGGAUCAGCCUCUACAAUAGUAAAGAAUCCUAAUGAGGGUCCUAUUCCUGAGGCAACAAUAAUGUAAGCAGCCACUGCAACAAUUUGCAGAUCGAAAUCUUGGGAUGCUAAAAUAGUUGUAUCGGCUUGGUGGGUUCAUGCAUCCUAAGUUAGUAAAAGUGCACCUACAGGUAUGAAUAUACCUGCUGGUUCUUUUAUGAUUUAUGGAAAAAAGAAUUUUAUUUAUCCUCCUAGAUUAGAAAUGGGUUGUACAAUUUUAUAUCAAUUGGAUUAAGAUAGUAUUAAAAGACAUGAAGAAGAAAGAAAGAAGAAAUUAAGAGAGGAAUAAUCACAGGUUGAUGAAUCUGAAUAAAAUGAAAGUGAAAUUACUGAAAAAAAUAUACUUGAUUCUGACAAUGAUGAGAAUGAUGAUAAUAAUGAAGAUGAUAAUAAGGUAGAUUUAAUUGAUCUAGAAAAAACUAAUUCUGUUUAAACUAUUUAACAAGGAGAUAAAGAGUAUACAAUUGUUGAAGUCAAUCCUAAUGCAAGAAUGAUCUAAUAAAGAAAUGAUAAAAAACAAAAAGAAAAGGAACAAUAACAAAAACAAUAAACAUAAUAAUAAUAAUAAUAAUAAAAAUAACAACCUAAAUAAUAAUAAUAAUAGUAGUAAUAAUAAUAAAAUAAAUAAUAAUAAGCACCUAAAUAGUAAUAAUAAAAAUAAAAUGUUAAAGAUGCGGAAAACGAUAGUUCUGAUGAUGAUAAUAAAAAAAAUUAGAAAAAUCCAACAACUUAAUAAGUAAGAGGCAAAAAAAACAAAAUGAAAAAAGUGAAAGAAAAAUAUGCUGAUUAAUCUGAUGAAGAGAGAGAAUUAAGAUAAAAGUUAAUGGGAGCAACAUAUAUGAAAAAUGAAGUAAGACCAGAGAAAAAAAAGAAAGAUAAAGAUAAAAAUGAGUUUACAAAAUAAGAAAAAGAAUAAACAUAGCAAUAGGAAGGAUAAUAUAAGGAUAAGGAAUAUUAUAAAAAAUAAUAAUUAAAAUAAGAGUCUAUUACAGUUAAAUUGCUUAAAUAAUAGGGUAUAGAAGUUACAAAGGAGGAAUCUAACCCAGAUCAAUAAACUUAGGAAAAAAUUUAAUAACAAGAAGAACAAUAACAACAAUAAUAAUUACAAUAACAAUAAGAGCAACAAUAAUAAUAAUAAUAACAAUAACAAGAGGAUUUAUAAUAAAAAGAACCAGAAAAUGCAGAUAAUAAAUAAGAAGAGAUUGAUAGUGAUGAUGAAAAAUAAGAAAAAUAGGUAGAAUAGGAAGAUGAGAAUAUUGAGUAUACUGAAAUGUAGAAACUCGUCUCCUAUCUAUAUCCUGAUGAUAAAUAUCUAAGUCUUAUUCCUAUGGUCGCUCCGUAUACAGUUAUAGGAAAUUAUAAAUUCAAGAUUAAGAUUGCACCAGGAUCUUUGAAAAAAGGAAAAGCUGGAAAAGAAAUCCUAAAUUUCUUCUAGGUCAAUAAAGAUAUAUCUAAUCAGGAGAGAUAACUUUUGAAAAUGAUAACAGAUGAGGAAAUUGUUUAAACUAUGUUGCCAGGAGUUAAAUUAACAGGAGUUGGAAUGCUUCAAAUGAAAUAAAAAGAGAAACAAUUAAAGAAAUAAUAACCUAAAAAAAAUAAAUGA